AUGAGGCAGACCGUCCUGGUGCUGGCGCUCGCGGCCUGCGUGUUCGCGGCUGAGCUGCCCGUCCGUCGCAUCCCACACAGCGGUCCACAAAGGAGGUUCGGCCGGGUACACGGACGCAUCGUCGGCGGCUCAGAUGCCACCUUAGGCCAGUUUCCGUACCAGGUGUCGCUGCAGUGGGUGAUGUUCGGCAUCGCCUCCCAUACGUGCGGCGGCUCCAUCGUGUCCGCCAGUGUUGUCGUCACGGCCGGACACUGCCUCGACCCGAAAGCCUUCGGAUACUACGAGGUCGUGGCUGGUAUCAACUACCUGACGAAUGACUCGGCCAUCGAGCAGAGGGUGCAAGUGGCCCAGCAGAUAAGGCAUCCAUUCUACCAGGAAGAUUUUAACGUCGCAAUCAACGACGUCGCCAUCUUCCAGCUGAGACCAGUUUAUCCCUGGGCGGCAACGUACAGGCCAUACCGCUGCCUACCGCUGGAUCCGUCCCAAGUGGUGAGUCAAUUAACACUGACAGGUGUUCUUUUCAUGGCUGGAUCGUCGGCGACGCUGUCUGGCUGGGGCAGCACCAGCACCGGCCUUCUUCCGCACAUGCCCGACAUCCUGCAGUGGGUCGACGUCACCGUCAUCAGCAACACGGAGUGCGCGCAACUGGUGCCCGACAGCCCGGUCAACGACAACAACUUCUGCACCGGCCCCGUCGACGGAAGCAUCUUCGCUUGCACGGGCGCCUCUGGCGGUCCGUUGGUCCAGGAUGGCACCCUCAUCGGAAUCGUCUCGUGGGGAAUAUGGCCCUGUGCAACUGUGGGCGCCCCCUCCGUCUUCACCUGGGUGGCCGCCUUCACGGACUUCAUCAACCACGGUCCACAAAGGAGGUUCGGCCGGGUACACGGACGCAUCGUCGGCGGCUCAGAUGCCACCUUAGGCCAGUUCCCGUACCAGGUGUCGCUGCAGUGGGUGCUGCUCGGCAUCGCCUCACACACGUGCGGUGGCUCCAUCGUGUCCGCCAGUGCUGUCGUCACGGCCGGACACUGCCUCGACCCGGCAGUCGUCGGCCACUACGAGGCCGUGGCCGGCAUCAACUCCCUGACGUCUGACUCGGCCAUCGAGCAGAGGGUGCAAGUGGCGCAGGAGAUAAGGCAUCCAUCCUACCAGGAAAUUGAUAACGUCGCAAUCAACGACGUCGCCGUCUUCCGGCUGCAGUCCAGGCUGACCCUGGGCGGCAACGUACAGGCCAUACCGCUCCCUACCGCUGGAUCCGUCCCAAGUGCUGGUUCGUCGGCGACGCUGUCUGGCAGGGGCAGCACCAGCACCGGCCUUCUUCCGCACAUGCCCGACAUCCUGCAGUGGGUCGACGUCACCGUCAUCAGCAACACGGAGUGCGCGCUGCUUCUGGGUGACAGCCCGCUCAACGACGACAACGUCUGCACCGGCCCCGUCGACGGAAGCAUCUCCGCUUGCAAGGGUGACUCUGGCGGCCCACUGGCCCAGGACGGCGCCCUCAUCGGAAUCGUGUCGUGGGGCAUCUGGCCCUGCGGGGCUGAGGACGCCCCUUCCGUCUUCACCCGGGUGGCCGCUUUCACGGACUUCAUCAACCAGUACAUUUAG